AUGACAGUGUUAGUCUCAGGCGCUACUGGUUUUAUUGCACAGCAUGUUGUUGACUCCCUAUUAAAGGCAAGCUAUAAAGUUAUUGGUACCGCCAGAACUCCUGCUAAAGCUGCAAAGUUACUAGAACAAUUCGGCCAUAACUCAAAUCUUUCUAUGGAGGUUGUUCCUGACAUAUCUAACAUAAAAGGAUUUGAUAAAGUGUUUGAAAAGCAUGGAAAGAAUAUUAAUAUUGUUUUGCAUACAGCUUCUCCUUUUCCAUUUAAUAUUACCCAAUUUGAAAAAGAUCUUUUAAUUCCAGCACGAAAUGGUACAAGGGGAAUCUUGGAAUCUAUUAAGAAAUAUUCAGCAGAUACUGUCGAACGUGUCGUAGUUACUUCUUCUUUUGCAUCUAUUUGGGAUUUCGAAGCCGCCCCAAAUAGAAAUUUUGUCUAUAAUGAAAAAAUGUGGAACCCAGCUAUAUGGGAAAGCGCACAAACUAGUGCCAUAAUGGCAUAUUGUGCCUCAAAAAAAUUUGCUGAAGAAACUGCUUGGAAUUUCCUACACGAAUAUGCAAAUAAAAUCAAUUUUAAGUUAACCACAGUUAACCCAGUAUAUGUAUUUGGGCCACAGAUGUUUAAAUCAAAUGUCAAAGAAACUUUAAAUACAUCAUGUGAAAUAAUUAAUAAAGUUUUAAAAUCUAACCCUAGAGAACAAUUAAGUUUAGAAAUUCCUGGAGAAUUUAUUGAUGUUCGUGAUAUUGCUAAAGCUCAUUUAGCAGCUUUUCAAAAAAAAGAAACGAUUGGCAAAAGAUUAUUAAUGUCUAAUGGAGCAUUUAGUGAACAGACAAUAUGUAAUUUGAUUAAUGAAGAAUUCCCACAAUUACAAGGAAAAAUUGCACCUUGGGCUAAGGAUAUUAAACUUGACACUGGAGAUGUUCCUUUUAGCAUUGAUAAUACAAUGACUAGAAAGUUAUUAGAAUGGGAUUUUAUUCCAAUAGAAAAGAGUGUGACUGAUACUGUGAGUCAGAUAAUUGAAGCUCAUAAGUAG